ACCUGGCCUUCUUUUCUUUAGUACCCCUGUUGACGUCAGUAACCGUGAUAUGAUGCUGAACAUCAUCAACAGCUCCAUUACAACGAAAGCAAUCAGUCGAUGGUCUUCAUUGGCUUGCAACAUUGCCCUGGAUGCUGUCAAGACAGUACAGUUUGAGGAAAAUGGUCGGAAGGAGAUUGACAUUAAAAAAUAUGCAAGAGUGGAAAAGAUACCUGGGGGCAUCAUUGAAGACUCAUGUGUCUUACGUGGAGUCAUGAUUAACAAAGAUGUGACCCAUCCACGAAUGCGGCGCUAUAUCAAGAACCCUCGCAUUGUACUGCUGGAUUCUUCUCUGGAAUAUAAGAAAGGGGAAAGCCAGACUGACAUUGAGAUUACGCGAGAGGAAGACUUCACCCGAAUCCUCCAAAUGGAGGAAGAAUACAUCCAGCAGCUCUGUGAGGACAUUAUCCAACUGAAACCUGAUGUGGUCAUCACAGAAAAGGGCAUCUCAGAUUUAGCUCAGCACUACCUCAUGCGGGCCAAUAUCACAGCCAUCCGCAGAGUCCGGAAGACAGACAAUAAUCGCAUUGCUAGAGCCUGUGGAGCCCGGAUAGUCAGCCGACCAGAGGAACUGAGAGAAGAUGAUGUUGGGACAGGAGCAGGCCUGUUGGAAAUCAAGAAAAUUGGAGAUGAGUACUUUACAUUCAUCACUGAGUGCAAGGACCCCAAGGCCUGCACCAUUCUUCUCCGGGGGGCUAGCAAAGAGAUUCUCUCGGAAGUGGAACGCAACCUCCAGGAUGCCAUGCAAGUGUGUCGUAAUGUUCUCCUGGACCCUCAGCUUGUGCCAGGUGGUGGUGCCUCUGAGAUGGCUGUGGCUCACGCCUUGACAGAAAAAUCCAAGGCCAUGACUGGUGUGGAACAGUGGCCAUACAGAGCUGUCGCGCAGGCCCUAGAGGUCAUCCCUCGAACCUUGAUCCAGAACUGUGGGGCCAGCACCAUCCGUCUACUUACCUCCCUUCGGGCCAAGCACACCCAGGAGAACUGUGAGACCUGGGGCGUAAAUGGUGAGACGGGUACUUUAGUGGACAUGAAGGAACUGGGCAUAUGGGAGCCAUUGGCUGUGAAGCUGCAGACGUAUAAGACAGCAGUGGAGACGGCUGUUCUGCUGCUACGGAUUGAUGACAUUGUCUCAGGCCACAAAAAGAAGGGCGAUGACCAAAACCGGCAAGGUGGGGCUCCUGAUGCUGGCCAGGAGUGAGUGCUGGGCAAGGUGACUUCAACACACAGAACCAGCAAGAGUCUCCCCCUUUCCUGAGCCAGAGUGCCAGGGACACUGUGGACGUCUUUGUUUGGAAGGGAUCGGGUUGAGGGGCAGCCCCCAAUCCUUUUCUGUCCCAGCUGAGUUUUCCAAAAGGCACUGACAUGUAAUUCUUCUCUAUUGUAAGGUUUCCAUUUAGUUUGCUUCCGAUGAUUAAAUCUAAGUCAUUUGA